AAGAGCGUGGGCGGUGCCUAACCCAGCCCGCUUGAGUUGUCGCACAGGUUUGACGGCUGCCCCAAAUGCUUUAUCAUUAUCUCGUCGCUAGGUUCAGCCGCGACAGCUCACAGAACCACAACUCGAAAAACGAACCUACAGCAUUCUUCAUCUCCAGGUCAUCAACGGAGCAUUGCUGACAAUGAACCAGUCCAACAAAAAGAGGAAAAUCUCACUCGUCCUAUAGAGCCACUUCCAGCUAUAAUCAGCAAGCAGAAAGAAAAUGUCGGUGGAGGCCAUCCAGCGGUCGUCGAAGCAGCCGGCGAGGCCCGCCCUUUCCGCGACGUUCCCUCGCCUGCGGCCCAAGGGCCCAGCGGGUCCUGACUUCUAUCGGCAAAGUCCGCCCACGGCCAGCAGGCCCAAGCAAAGCGCCGUGGAGAGGCUGGAAGCGGACAAGGCGAAGUACGUCAAGAGCCAGGUGGCGCUGUCCAAGCGGCAGCCGGUCAGGCCUCCCGACGUGCGGAAGCCUCUGCUCAGCCCGGGCGCCACCGCUCUCAGGCCUGCCAAGAAGACACCCGGCCAGCCGAAGAGCAAGCAGGAGGCAGUGCAGCUGGACCUGCAGCAUCUGAGCAGUCUGAUCAGUGACGUGAGCGACGUGCCCGGUACGACUGCGUGUGCAGAGUCCACUGAAUCCUCCUCUUUGCUGACUCCGGAGAAAAAGGACGCGCCGGAUCCACUCUCCCGUCUUCACUGCGCCAGUCCCACCAAGGUGAGACUGAAAGCGCCCUGGGUAGAGAGUCCGGGAUCUCCGACGUCGGGAACGGUGCGCCGAGUGGACGUCAUACCGCAAGCCAGCCGCGUGAGGACUCCUCGUAGGCCGCCGCUGUUCAUCCGCCAACCGCUUCAGCCGCUCCCUCUACAUGCCCAGUUUCCCCUCCGCCCGGGUACCUCGCACCACCUCCUCCGCACAAAGGCCACUCCGUCUCCUCUGAAACCCGUCGCCGCUCCGCCUAAACCGGACAACCCUCUUGCCUCCCCGAUUCCCGUCUUCCCCGUUUUCCCCCCUCCCUCCCCGGCCAUAACCCGUCUAUCCGGCUCCCCCCGCAGCAGGAAACGUCCAUCUCUGACCCGCUCCAAAUCAGACAUGAGUGAGCAAUUGUCUCGAGCCGGGACGGAGCUGGAACGCUUCUUCAACCUGUGCGGUUUGGACCCCGCGGACCUGCAGGAGUUUCCCGGGUCCGCUUCUGACAUCGUGUCUCUGGCCCGCUUCCGCAGCGUCAGCGCUCCGGGGUCGGAGUGCGCCAGUUCUGGCGGGCAGGACGAAGACUGUGGCGACGAAGAGGCAGAAGAGCGUGUUCCCUACGGCGUCUCUGUCAUUGAGAGGAACGCCAGGGUGAUCAAAUGGCUUUAUGGGGUACGUCAGGCAAAGUGAGUGCAUCGGAUGACCGUUGGGCUGGCAAAGGUGUGUAAAGUUUCCGGCAAAUGUCCAUGUGGAAUGUUGGAAGAGUUUCUGUGGAGAUUUACUGGGCACGGUGGACCUGCAUCCGCUUUAUAGUUCCACAUUCCAACACAUGCAUGUUAGCUUCAUAAAGACUCUAAUUCGGUGGUGUCCAAACUGCAGCCUGACGGGUGAAAAUGAAUCCGUGUGCCACUUACCUUCGUGGCUGACCGCUUCCUUCUGCACCGAAGCAAUACAGCUGUCCGUAUUUAACAAAUCAGGCUUACUCAAAUGUAGCUGACGUAACUACUUUCACUCGUUAUUGUCUUAAAGAGAAGAAAAAAAAAUCCAGACUUCCAAUCUUGAGGCAACGUAUGCUAAUUAUUCUACAUCAAGCUUGUGAAGGGGAUCAAAUGCUUUCACAUUGUCGUGUGAUUUUGUUGUUGUCGCAAAGCUCAAUUUAUUGUGGUGUGUGUGUGGAUGGAUGACAAGCUAUCAGCUGUGACCGUUUAUUUAUAGAAGUGUAAUUUACUGAUGGCUUAUUUGGACAAUGGUGCCCUAAAUGGACAACUGAAAAUGUUUUGUUGUUUUUUUUUUUUUGUUUUUUUUUUAAAUCUGAUCAAUCAUGGGAUUGUUCAAUUAUUUAAUCCUGUAAAAGCCUCCUAAAUCCAAAACAUUUGUGUAUCACUGUCGAGUUUUAGAAUGGCAAAUAAAGUCUCACUCUGAAUGGAAAAAG